AUGAGUUUUGCUCUCCCACCUGAUCUAAUCACCUACCUCCAAAACCUCGACAAAUUCAUAGAAGACAAAAUCACCCCCCUCCAAAACUCCAACGACAACAACCGCUUCUUCGACCACCGCCGAGAAAACUCCCGCACCGACUGGGCCGCCGGUGGUCUCCCCACUACUGAAUGGGAAGACCUACUCUCCCAAGCCCGGCAACUCGCCGACGAAGCAGGAUUCUACCGCUUCUGCCUCCCGUCCGAGUACGGCGGCCAGAACGGCGGCAAUCUAUGGAUGGCGGUUAUCAGGAUGCAUCUAGCGAAGAAGGGGCUGGGCUUGUUUAAUGAUUUGCAGAACGAGCAUUCGGUCGUGGGCAAUUUUCCGGAUGUGUUGAUGGUGCGGGAAUUCGGGACGGAGGAGCAGAAAGAGAUUUUUAUUAGGGGGAGGCUGGAGGGGAAGGUCGGGUUUGCGUUUGGGUUGACGGAGCGGGGGCAUGGGAGUGAUGCUACGCAUAUGAGCACGUAUGCGGAGAGGAAGAGGAAAGGGGAGCAGGAGGGGUGGUGUAUUAAUGGGGGGAAGAUGUGGAUUAGUGGGAUGCAUCGGGCGACGCAUUGUAUUGUUUUUGCGAGGACGGGUGGGAAGGCGGGGGAUGCGUUGGGGAUUACUGCUUUUUUUGUGCCGAGGGAUGCGGAUGGGUUUGAGGUGGAGAGUUAUGAGUGGACGUUUAAUAUGCCGACUGAUCAUGCUACAUUGAGCUUUUCAGACGUUUGGAUCCCGGAUUCGGCUGUGCUGGGGAAAGUCGGAUUUGGAUUGCCUAUUGCUCAGACUUUUGUGCAUGAAAACAGGUUGAGGCAAGCAGCAAGCUCUCUCGGUGCAGCGAUGUACUGUAUUGAAGAGAGUGUCAAAUAUGCGAGGAAGAGGAAGCCGUUUGGCAAGGAACUUUCCAGCAACCAAGGAAUACAAUUUCCGCUCGUGGAGCUUGCGACUCAGGCUGAGAUGUUGAGGCUGUUGAUUUUGAGGACUGCUUCUGAGAUGGACAAAAUGACACAGAGAGAGAUUGAAAGGGAUUUGGGAGAUAAAGUAUCGAUGUGCAACUAUUGGGGAAAUCGAUUAUGUACGCAAGCAGCUGACCGAGCAAUGCAAGUCCAUGGUGGGAUUGGCUAUUCACGACAUAAACCCUUCGAACAUAUAUAUAGACAUCAUCGUCGAUACCGCAUUACUGAAGGCAGUGAAGAGAUACAAAUGAGGAAAAUUGCAGCAUAUCUUUUUGGCUAUGUCGGGCCAAGAAAAGCCGAACUUUCAAAGCUAUAG